AUGUCUGUAAAACCUCCUAAAGUAUAAAUGAAUGUUUCUAAAUAAGAGCUGUAUUAUAUUUCUAGAAAUCUAUUUAGAAGAAAUAAAUCACUCUUAGAUGAUAAUAGCGAUAAAGAUUAUGUUUUUACUUCCCCUAAGAACAAAAGAAAAUCUGCUAUUCUUCCAAAUCGCCCUUUUACUUCUUAAUCAUGUAGUCCCAUAAAACCUAAGUAUAUGAGAGAUAUGGAGUAGAAAAAUUAAGAAAAUUUUGAAAAAUUUUUCAACACUUCAGCCAAUAAAAUUAAUUAGUAGUGUGAAGACGAAUUUGCUAAAUCUAGAGAGAGGUUUCUUUAUUCAAGAGAGAGAAGUACUACAGCCAAUACAUCAUUUAACCUUUCUUAAUAUAUCUAAUCCUCUCCGUUUAGGCGUUAGCAAAGCGGAUUAUAAGAAUCUUUCUCUCCUAAAGGAAAUAUUUUAAACAAAUCUAUUCUAAAACUGUCUAAUGAUUAAAUUGUUAUACCAGAUGAUUAUCAUAACUUAUAAAGCAACCUUAAAUAAAGCAAUAGCGUGAUUAAUUCAACUAAUUUUAAUAAUAGUUAUAACCCAUAAUACUAUAAGAGGUUUUCUACAGGAAGAAAUUCAUUUGUCGAUGAUAAAAAUAAUUAAAAUGCAUAAACUGUAGACUAAUAAUUACAAGAAGAACAACAAAAAAUGAUGAUGCAAUAAGUCUUUGCUUAAAUUGAACAAUAAAAUGCAGAUGAAUAAUGGAAAAAUGUUAAGUAUCGUGCACCUCGCUAUACUUUCUAUAAAAAUUCCCCUAGAAAAACAAUUAUAGGACCAUAAAGUAACUCAUUGUUAGAUAAUGAAAAAAGGUUUAACAACUUCUAUUUAGAAAAACCAGAUAUUAAUCAUACUAUUGAUAUGAAAAGCUUAUCUGGAAGAGAUUAUAAAGUUUUUAAGUAAUUUAAACUUCAUGAUUUAGUUUACCCUGCAAGUAAUAAAUAGUAUGAAAAAGUUAUUUAUGAUAACAAAACAUUAAAAUGCUAGUUUGAUCUCCAAAAAUAGGACUCAAAUGAUGGAGUUAUUGGCAGAGAAUUUUAUCAAAAGCAGCAUAAAGAUGAUAUUCCUGCUACAGACUUAAAUUGUGAUAUGGUUAUCAAAGCUCACAAUGAUUUAUUGCCAUUUAAAAAAAAUAGAAUUCCAUAAUUUGACAAAAUAUCUGCAAGAGAAAGAUAAUCUUCAUCUCCAUAUAGAAUUCUUACAUAAAUUGAAAACCCAUAUCUUCAUGAAAAGAGAUAAUUUUCACAAAAAAGAAUUAAAAUAUAAAAAUGCAAAGAUUGA